AUGAGAACAGCCCACGACGCCGGCCACGCCCGCCCCACCCCGCUUGCCCUGCACGCGCCUGCCGCCAUGGACAGCUCGGCCGCUGCGCCUGCCGCUGAGGCCUCUCGAGAAUCGCGCCCGUCGCAGGACACCACCUCGUCACGUCCCAGCACCUCCUCUGCCGCCGCCCACCUCGAUGCGCACUCGCCCACCUCGACCGUCCGCCCCGCGCUGAGCACCACCAACUCGGCGCGGCCAAGUCUCGCCCGCGCAAAGAGCGACUUUGGCCCCCGCCAGCCUAUGCAGCCCCAGGAGCCCGUCGAAGAGAGCAGCGUCGACGGCCAUUUCACAAUCCGCCAUGGCUGGGACGACCAGCUGAACUCGGAAGAGUACAGCAACAUGCUGACCUCGAACUUCUUCAUGUACUACACCGACAAGAAACACGAGACCGGCGGCUAUCCAAAAGCAGAGGUCGGCGCAGCCUCGGUGCAGGAAUGGCGCAUGCGAGACCGUCUCAAGACCGUGUCUGCCGUGCUCGCUCUCUGCCUGAACAUCGGCGUCGAUCCACCCGACGUGAUCAAGACCAACCCGUGUGCCAAAGAAGAGUGCUGGAUCGACCCCACCGUAACCUCGCAGACCCCCGGCCACACGCCCAUGAAUCAGAUUGGGAAGGCGCUACAGACCCAGUACGAGCAACUGAGCAUGCGCACGCGCUACAAGCUCCUGCUCGACCCCACCACGGAGGAGACGAGAAAGUACGCUUCGACGCUUCGACGCAACGCCCGCAACGAGCGCGUCCUCUUCCACUACAAUGGCCACGGCGUACCCAAACCAACCUCCAGUGGAGAGAUCUGGGUCUUCAAUAGGAACUACACCCAGUAUAUUCCGCUCUCGCUCUAUGAUCUCCAGAGUUGGAUCGGCGCCCCCAGCCUCUUCGUCUACGACUGCUCCGAUGCAGGUCUCAUCAUCACCAACUUCAACAGAUUCGCCGAGAAACACCAGGCCGAGUUCGAGGAGGCUCGGCGCAGAGACCCAAACGUCGAGCAUGUCGACUUUAGCGACUGUAUUCAUCUGGCCGCCUGCCGAGAGAGAGAAUCCCUGCCCACGAACCCGGAACUACCGGCAGAUGUCUUCACUUCUUGCCUGACAGAUCCCAUCACCAUGGCCGUACGCUUCUUCAUACUCCAAAACCCUCUGCCGAGCAAGGUCAACCUAAAAGAUGCUCACAACAUCCCUGGCAAAGUAUCAGAGCGUCGAACUCCCAUUGGCGAACUCAACUGGAUCUUCACAGCCAUCACCGACACAAUCGCCUGGAAUUCACUGUCGAAACCCCUCUUCAAGAAGCUCUUCCGCCAGGACCUCAUGGUCGCAGCUUUGUUUCGCAACCAUCUACUGGCCCAGCGGAUCAUGCGUGUUUACCAUUGCAAUCCGGUCUCCCAUCCAGAGAUACCACAGACGCACGACCACCCUCUGUGGCGAAGCUGGGAUCUCGCCGUGGAGCUGAUCUUGGCCCAGCUGCCUGACCUGCAGGCUGAAUCUCGUGGCGAAAAGGAGUAUCAGUACAAACACUCGGAAUUCUUCUCGGAACAGCUCACGGCCUUUGAAGUAUACCUGUCGCAGGGCGCCGUUGAGCAGAAGAUACCCGAGCAGCUCCCCAUCGUGCUCCAAGUACUUCUCAGUCAAGUCCAUCGGUUGCGCGCUCUUAUUCUUUUGUCUAGCUUCCUGGACCACGGGCCAUGGGCCGUCAAUCUUGCGCUCAGCAUUGGAAUCUUCCCGUAUGUACUGAAGCUCUUGCAAUCGCAAGCGAACGAGCUGAAGCCAGUCAUGGUCUUCAUCUGGGCUCGCAUACUCGCCGUCGACUCGUCGUGUCAGGCCGACCUCCUCAAAGACAAUGGAUAUCAGUAUUUCAUCAACAUCUUCAACCCUAGUUCAGGAAUCCCUAUUCAGAACGCUAGUGAACACCGGGCCAUGUGUGCCUUUAUCAUAUCCAUGUUCUGCAAGGACUACAACCAGGGACAACGCGCAUCCUUGAGCACAGAGCUUGUCGAGAGCUGUUUGGAUCACCUGAAAGACCUGCAGAACCCUCUGCUUAGACAGUGGUCAUGUCUCUGCUUGAGCAAGCUCUGGAUCGAUUACGAAGAGGCCAAAUGGGUGGGCAUUCGUUGCAUGGCACACGAACGACUUUGCGAGCUUGUCAUCGACCCUGUUGCCGAAGUACGAGCGGCCAUGUUGCACUCGUUGACCUCUUUCCUAGGUAUUCGGGAUGUUACAGCGCAAGUGGCUAACAUUGAGGAGUCCAUUGCCUCCAUGGUCUUGAUCAUGACUACAGACGGCAACAGCAUGGUUCGCAAAGAGUUACUGAUUUUCUUCUCCACAUUCAUCGCACGCUACAAGUCACGAUUCAUUGUCACAGCAUUCGAGCACUUCUCCGAGGAGAAGAAGAGCGAUGUCGCAUCACAGACGGAACAGAAGAAUGGCGACGGGCUUUAUAUGAAGACGCGCGCGACCGCAAACGGCUCGUUGUCUGCAGCAGAUGCCUGUUCGCAAAACACCAUCUACUCGGCCAUCUGGAAGGAAAUGCUAGUCAUGUCCGUCGACCCUUGUCCUGAAAUCGCCAGGGAUGCUGGAGUGGUCGUUGACUACAUCCUGGUGGCUCUGCUCGAGUCUCCGCUUGCCAAAUUUGCGCAACCACAGUUCGGUGAAACGCUGAAGAAGAACUCUGCACCUCGUCCUAUCCGUCGUGCCCCAGAGGAGAAGCCAGUCCAGCAAAUGGUUUCCACUCCGCCUACGCCAUCGAAAGACGCCAGCUACCUCUCGCUUUUCGGCAGCAUGCGCAAAUCCACUGCAUCGCUCAAGAGUCUUUGGACGGGUCACGACUCAUCCAGUUCUCCGCAAAAAUCAGCUGGACGCAGCAAAGUCGAUGACUCGGAGGCGUCUAUUACAGACACACGCCCCGACACACCCGAGAAAUACCAUGUCGAAGAGGAGCCGAAAUCAAGAGGUUACCGACCUCGGAUCCUCUCCGAGAAGCCGCAGAUACCACUCAAGAGUGUCUUCUUUGAGUGGUCGGUUGAGUAUUUCCGUGAGCCUCAGAUGAAGCCCACAGAGGCGGAUGAGCCAGGUAGCACAGACUACAAUGGACGGCUUUGGCGAAGGAAUCGCAACGACAAGAUUAUUGCUGAGACCCAACCGCUCAAGGAUGUUGCAGUCUCGAAUCGUUGGGAUGUCCCUCGCGGCUAUUUUGAUAAUCUCAGUCAGCCCAUGAAGAUGACUUUCCAUCAGUUCGAGGAUCACCUUGUGGUAACGGACAACCGAAACACGGUCAACGUCGUCGACUACUCGGAUUCCGUGAAAAGGAUAAACUGCUUCUCCAACGGCAAUCCAUCGGACUCGAAGAUCACAGACGUUCGAUUCAUCAAUGAGGAUGACCAGGCUUUGCUGAUGACCGGAUCGUCGGAUGGUGUUAUGAAGAUCUUCCGCAACUACGACUCGAAGGGAAAGACGGAGCUCGUGACCGCCUUCCGAGCUCUGACCGACCUUGUACCUAGCAACAGAAACGCUGGACUCGUCUUUGAUUGGCAGCAGGGUAGGGGCCUGGUGCUUGUGGCUGGGGAUGUGAAGGUCAUACGUGUCUGGAACGCAGGCACCGAAGUGUGCACACAAGACAUUCCUGCGCGAUCAGGUUCUUGCAUCACCUCGUUGACGUCUGACCAAGUCGAGGGCGACGUCUUUGUUGCAGGAUUUGGUGAUGGAGCCAUUCGUGUGUAUGACCAGCGCCAGAAGCCAGCAACAGCCAUGGUGAAGGUCUGGAAAGAACACAAGCAAUGGAUCACAAACGUACAUCUGCAACGUGGCGGACAACGAGAGCUGGUGAGUGGCUGUCGAAGCGGAGAGGUGAAGCUGUGGGACAUUCGCAUGGAUCGCAGCGUCAAGACUAUACAGGCGACGACAGACCAUCUGCGCACAUUAAGUGUCCACGAGCAUGCGCCGGUCUUUGCAACGGGGACUCGGAAGCAUCGCGUCAAGAUAUUCAAUAUCAACAACGGAAAAGUCGUGUCCAAUUUCGAGCCGUAUUCUGGCUUCCUUCGCGACCGAUCCGCUCCAAUCAGCACUACGGCUUUUCAUCCUCACCGACUCAUGAUUGCCGCUGCUGCUCUGCACGACAACCACGUCAACAUCUUCUCAUGUCACGAGCCAAAGAAUCCCACAAUCAAGACUGUGCGACUCUGGGAUGGCGGUGCUGUUGCUUCAAGUCGGGCCUCCAUACAUGGAUGA